AUGUCUGGGGCCAUAGACAUGGAUCACGUCGGUUUCUCGAAACCCAAAUCAUCUCCGGCCACCGAUCACGGCCGCGGCAAGAAAACCGCUUCAAUUUCAAUGGAUCAUGUUCUUUUGGCUUUACGUGAGACUAAAGAAGAAAGGGAUCUUCGUAUUCGGAGUUUGUUCAAUUUCUUUGACGCUACCGAUGAUGGCUACUUGGAUUAUCCUCACAUUGAAGCGGGGUUGUCUGCACUUCAGAUACCGCCGGAGUAUAAAUAUGCUAAGGAGCUUUUCAAGGUUUGUGAUGCCGAUAGAGAUGGGAGAAUCGAUUAUCAUGAUUUUAGACGGUAUAUGGAUGAUAAAGAACUUGAACUUUAUAGGAUUUUUCAAGCUAUUGAUGUUGAACAUAAUGGCUGUAUUCUGCCUGAAGAACUUUGGGAUGCACUUGUCAAGGCUGGGAUUGAAAUUGAUGAGGUGGAACUUGCACGCUUUGUUGAGCAUGUUGAUAAGGAUAAUAACGGAAUUAUCACUUUUGAAGAAUGGAGAGAUUUUCUUCUGCUUUAUCCUCAUGAAGCAACCCUUGAAAAUAUAUAUCAGCAUUGGGAGAGGGUGUGCCUUGUAGACAUCGGAGAACAAGCUGUCAUUCCGGAAGGCAUCAGCAAGCAUGUGCACAGGAGCCGAUAUUUUAUCGCCGGGGGAAUAGCAGGAGCUGCAUCUCGCACAGCAACUGCUCCUCUUGACCGUUUAAAGGUGGUAUUACAAAUUCAGACUGGAAAUGCUUCAAUUAUGCCAGCAGUAAUGAAGAUAUGGCAACGGGACGGUUUAUUAGGGUUUUUCCGAGGUAAUGGAUUGAAUGUUGUGAAGGUUGCACCAGAGAGUGCCAUCAAGUUUUACGCCUACGAAAUGCUAAAAAAUGUAAUUGGAGAUAGUCAAGGGAACAAGUCAGAUAUUGGGACUGCUGGAAGACUUUUUGCAGGUGGCAUGGCUGGUGCCAUUGCGCAGAUUGCUAUCUAUCCUCUGGAUCUAAUCAAAACUAGGUUACAAACUUGUGCUUCUGAAGGUGGAAAGGGUCCUAGGCUUGGAACACUUACCAAAGAUAUAUGGGUCCAAGAGGGACCCCGCGCUUUCUAUAGAGGGCUUGUUCCGUCUCUUCUUGGUAUGAUUCCUUAUGCAGGCAUUGAUCUCACUGCAUAUGACACCUUAAAAGAUUUAUCCAAGAAAUAUAUUAUUUAUGACAGAGAACCUGGUGCUCUAGUUCAACUCGGCUGUGGAACGGUUUCGGGAGCUCUUGGAGCUACUUGUGUCUACCCACUGCAGGUUAUUCGGACAAGGUUGCAAGCACAACCUACAAACACUUCUGGUGCUUACAAUGGAAUGUCUGAUGUUUUCUGGAAAACCCUUAAGGACGAAGGCUUUCGAGGGUUCUACAAGGGACUCAUUCCAAAUCUCCUCAAAGUUGUGCCGGCUGCAAGCAUUACUUAUAUGGUUUAUGAAAAUAUGAAGAAGAGUUUAGAUCUUGAAUAG